AGAAGGCUGAUUCUUCAUCCAUCUUCAGCCUCUACACUCAGUAACGGUCCGAUUGAGCUGUUGAUGUCCUGAAGGCAUCAGAAUACAGCCAUCAUGGACUUCCUACAGCGCCUGUCGCAGUUCCUCGACCGCCCGCUGUUCCCAUGGAAGCGCCUCAUCCUGGGCUUCUCCGUGGGCCAGUUCCUCUUCGAGUCCGUCCUCACCUUCCGCCAGUACCGUGUCCUCCAGUCGCCCAAGCCGCCCGCCGUCCUCGCCAAGGAAGUCUCCCAGGAGACGUUUGACAAGUCGCAAGCCUACGGCCGCGCCAAGGCCCAGUUCUCCGUCGUCAGCGGCCUCUGGGGCCAGGUUGCCAACUUCGCCUUCAUCCAGCUCGACGUCAUGCCCAAGCUCUGGUCCUGGACCGGCGACCUGCUGCUCAAGUACGCGCCCGCGCGCUUCACGGGCGAGAUCUCGCACUCCAUCGCCUUCGUCUUCGCCUUCAUGCUCAUCCAGCAGGGGCUCAGCCUGCCCACCCGCAUCUACAGCACCUUUGUCCUGGAAGAAAAGUUUGGCUUCAACAAGCAGACGCCCGGCCUCUUCGUCUCCGACAUGGUCAAGACCAACCUGCUCACGGCCGUCCUCAUGCCCCCGAUCCUCGCCGGCUUCCUCAAGAUCAUCCAGAAGACGGGCUCGCAGUUCGUCUUCUACACAUGGGUCUUCACUGCCGGCAUCCAGCUUCUCAUGACUACCCUCUACCCCACCUUCAUCCAGCCCCUCUUCAACAAGCUCUCCCCCCUCGAGGACGGCGAGCUCAAGACCAAGGUCAACGAGCUGGCGGCCCGCUUCAAGUUCCCCCUGCACGAGCUGUAUGUCAUUGAUGGUAGCAAGCGCAGCGCUCACUCCAACGCCUUCUUCUACGGCCUCCCCUGGAAGAAGCACAUUGUCAUCUACGAUACCCUCUUGGAAAAGUCUGAGCCGGAGGAGGUCCUUGCUAUCCUGGCUCACGAGCUCGGCCACUGGAAACUGGGUCACACUACCAGCCUCUUUGGCAUCUCUCAGGCCCACCUGCUCUACAUCUUCAGCCUCUUCUCCGUCUUCAUCAACAACCGCUCCCUGUACUCCUCGUUCGGCUUCCACAACGAGCGCCCCAUCAUCAUCGGCUUCCUCCUCUUCUCCGACGCCCUGUCUCCCAUGGACACCGUCAUCCAGUUCCUCCUGCACAUCGUCUCCCGCACCUUCGAGUUCCAGGCCGACGCCUUCGCCAACAGCCUGGGCAUGCGCGCCGAGCUGGCCACGUCGCUCAUCAAGCUGCACGUGCAGAACCUCAGCUCCAUGGACGCCGACUGGAUGUACGCGAGCUACCACUUCUCGCACCCUCAUCUUUCGGAGCGCCUCAAGGCCCUCGAUUGGAAGGGCGAGCAGGCUGUUACCAGCGAGAAGGACAAGGAGCAGGAGGGCGUCGUCAAGGCCAGUGGGCGCGACGAGUUGUGA